AUGACCACGCCUCCGCCACCGCUCGCCUCUGGAGCUGGUCGACGACCUCAUCCAGGGGAUCCUCCUCCGCCUUCCGCCUUCCACUGCUCGGCCGUUUGCAGAUACUCGCGCCGCCUCCUCACCGACCCCGCCUUCCUCCGCCGCUACCGCGCGUUCCACGGGGUGCCUCCCAUGCUGGGAUUCAUCUUCAACCUGUACGGCCCCCACCAUGCACGGUUCGUCUGCACCACCUCCUUCCGCCCUCGCACCCUCGACCACGGGGACAUGCACGUGCGCGACUCCCGCCACGGCCGCGUCCUCCUCUUCAAGUUCAACUCCAAGUACGUGAUUGGUAUCCCUGAACUCGUCGUCUGGAACCCCAUCACGGCUGAGCAGUGGGGGCCCUGGGGGCUGCCCAUGCCGUUGGUGCGGUUCCCGUUCUGGAACGUGGCGGUGCUCUGCGCCGUGGGCGGCGGCUGCGACCACCUCGCCUGCCACGGCGGGCCCUUCCUCGUGGUAUUCGUGGGCACCAACAGCUACGGGCUGACAUCCGCCUUCGUCUACUCGUCGGAGGCCGCCUCCUGGAGCGACGCGACCCACGCUGAGCACCCCGAUAACCUCGCCAGCAUGGACCGGAAUCCCAGCAGGCUUGUGGGGAACACGAUCUACUUCACCGCUGCACUCACCAAGACAAUCGUGGCGUACGACUUGGGCCGCCGGCAACUCGAGUUCAUCGAGCCGCCGUUCGGGCACAGGGGUUAUAGUGGUGCCCUCAUUCAGGCGGUGGGCGGUGGGCUAGGGUUCGUCAGCGUGAAGAGUUCCAGCCUCUACCUGUGGUCGAGGGAGGUUGGUCCCGACGGAACGGCGGCAUGGACGCAAUCCAGAGUCAUCGAGCUCACACUGCCCACUCGUCACUGCUUGUGCCAACCUGCUGCGGUUGGCUUCGCAGAGGGCCUCGGCGACAUUUUCCUCAAGACAGAUGCUGGCGUCUUCACAAUUAACCUCAAAUCAGACCGUGUCAAGCAGGUGUCAAGUUCUGAAACCAACAGUACUGUCAUUCCUUACAUGAGCUUCUAUACUCCAGGCGAUUGCACUGUACUGAACAAGACCACUUUUACGAAACCUGAACCUGAAACCCUCAGGCUACUGAACAAGGCAAUUUCUCUGCUCAACUCUGUUGAACAGGAUAAUUUCCCUACUAAACCUGAACCUGAGAUUCUACUGAACAAGACGGUUUCUGUACUAGACCUGAACCUGAAACUCCACUGA